GGGUUAACAGCCUCGCGUAACAAAUAAACAAACGGAGUCCAAAUUGUAUUAGUUCUUUUAAGGAAUGACGAGAACGGCGUGAUUAGAUCUUCUCCAAUCAGAAUAUUCUCCAGAAGUGAUGCUGGGUUGAGAGAGAGGUAUAUAGCAUUACUGUUUUAAGACAACAAUUAUGAACUAUAUUUGACCGCGGAAUAUACACAUUACACCAGGAAGCCGCCAUAGUGAAAUAAAGGGAAAAGGAACGGGAAUGUAAUCAAGGAAGAGAUUUCAUCUUAUCAGUUUAUUAGUAAUCAACAUGUGAUAAGAAUUGGAUAAAAAAAACUACAGAGGAAAUUCUGACUAUGAGAAGUUUCUCCAGUGUUUGACCAUGACAUAAAAAUGGAGUUAAGAUCAUCUUCUUAAUUUGAUAUUUUUUGAAGACUAGAUGUACAAGAUGGCAAACUUUAUUAAAAAUCUUGUCAGCAAGCACAAGAGAAGGUACACGGAGGACGGCUUCGACCUCGAUCUUACAUAUAUUUAUCCAAAUAUAAUUGCCAUGGGAUUUCCUGCCGAAAAGCUGGAGGGUGUGUAUCGCAACAAAAUGGCUGAUGUUGUCAAUUUUCUGGAUGAAAGACACAAGGACCACUACAGAGUCUACAAUCUGUGUUCAGAGCGUUCCUAUGAUGUGGCCAAAUUCCACAACAGGGUGGUCAGUUACCCCUUUGAUGACCACAACCCUCCUAGACUAGAGUUGAUCAAACCUUUCUGUGAGGAUCUAGACGACUGGCUAAGGCAAGAUGGCCGAAACAUUGCCGCCAUUCACUGUAAGGCAGGCAAGGGAAGGACGGGAGUCAUGAUCUGUGCUUACAUGUUACACAGGAAGAAAUUUACCGAUUCUGAAGCAGCAUUGAAAUAUUAUGGACAAACACGAACCAGGGAUGAAAAGGGUGUGACCAUACCUAGCCAGGUCCGGUAUGUGGAGUACUAUGGGUACAUGAUUCGACACAAUCUACAGUACAAGCCUGUGACACUUUUACUCAGAGCCAUUGAUUUCUUUACUAUACCUAUGCAUAAUGGAGGGACAUGUUGCCCGUUUUUUGAAGUAUUUCAACUGAAAGUGAAAGUAUAUACCUCCAAGACAUAUGAAGAUAUUAGGAAAGGACAGGACAAGUUCUCAAUGCCAACAGACCAGUCCGUUCCUCUUUGUGGAGAUAUUAAAGUCGUAUUUUAUAACAAACCCAGACUUACAAAGAAAAAAGAAAAGAUGUUUCAGUUCUGGUUCAACACUUUUUUUGUGGGGAAAGAUGACUACAACCCCCCAUCCCAGUACUCAAACGGGAAAAGCCCCACCAUGGAAGACCCAAGGGCGUCCAAGUAUCUGACCUUGACCCUCAGCAAGAUUGAGCUAGACAAGGCCAAUAAAGACAAAUCACACAAGUUCUUCAGUCCCAAUUUUAAGGUGCGAUUACAUUUCACAAUGCCAGAUAAUGAUGUAACAUCCAAUAUGUCCGUUACUGAUGGUGGAUGCCACUCCAUUCCAAAUACCUUACAGGUCCCCCAACUCCCACGAAGUCAGUCAAUAGCUAAUGAGAAACUGACCAACAUGUCCAGUCCUUCUAAGGACCCUUUAUACAUGUCCACAGCAUCUUCGAUGCCUGCUUUGAAUGACCACAAUGCUCAAGUAGUGUUAAGCCAAAAACAAGUGUUUAGUCCAGACCGACCAAAGUUCCCCCACAGUAUUAAAGGGGGUAGUUACCAAAAACCAGGAGGGAGUGUGGCGAGUAUGGACACAAUAUGUAAUGAACAUAGUGAUAAUGAAAUUGUGGAGGAGGACUUGUCCGACACAGAUACUGACGAUGAGUGGGAGGGACUAGAGACCACGGCAGUUUGAUUGACAGCUGUCAAAUUUAGUGUGGUGUAAUUCUUCUAAAGUAUGCGAGUGUGAAUAGUGCAAAUGGAGGAAUGUUUAGUGGUAAUCAACUUAUGUGAAAGAGAGAAAAAUUGAGAUGUACAAGUGUUUUGAAUAAUUUAAUAUGAACUGACCCUUCUCAUGCCCAUCUCCACACUGGUAAUCAUGGUAUCAAAUUCCUUGUCAUGUGUUUAUAUUUCAAAAAAGAAUAUUCAUAUGUAAUGAAGUAGAUUUCUGUCUGAGAUAUAUACUCACCGUCAAUGAAAACGCAACACUCUAAUUUUAGGGUGAAAAGUAUAUACGGGUUAUAACUAUGUACUAAAAAAGUUAGGACAUCUUUUACUUUGCCAAAUCAGUUAUUUAACGGUUGAAUGAAUAUCUUUCCUCUACCGGAAGUUGCUUUUUAACCCUUUUCACAGAAUUCAAAUUUUUGCAUUUUUAAUAAAAUUUUUAACAAUAUUUUGAGUUUUCGAAGUUUUGUAGCUGUUUAUCAUAAGUAAUGUACUAAAAUGCCGGGAAAAAAAUCUUUCUUUCUUUACCGGAUGUGAUUCCUAUAUUUCCUCAAAAUGACUGAUUUUCAUUGCUUAAGCUGGAGAUUCUCAAAAUAAAGAAAAAAAAGAGCUGCAGAUGCAAAUUUGCACUAUUUAACCACUCAUCAGGCUCAUGUGUUUCAGUAGCAUAAAUAACAGUUUCUUGACCGGAAGUCCAAGAGUUACUACACUACGCCAAGUUAGAGAAAAUUCGACCGCAGUAUCUGAACAACAGGCAAUUAAAAAUGCCAAAGAAUGUUAAUUUCGCUCAGAUAAAGGCAUUGAUAAACCUAAUGCAUGGUAGAAAUCGGACUGCGUACAUUUAUGCUGUACAUGGCGGACUAGCAUGUUUUGAUUAAAUUGUAAGAAGGGGGAGGUGUUUUAUUUAAAUGUUAUCUGUUCAGAGGGCUAAAAAAUCAACUUUCGGUAAUGGAAUGAAAACCAUUCAACCAUUAAAUAACUGAUUUGGCAAAGUAAAAGAUGUCCUAACUUGUUUGGUACAUAGUUAUAUCCCGUUUAUAAUUUUUCACCCUAAAAGUAGAGUGUUGCGUUUUCAUUGAUGGGGAGUAUAUUUAUUUACUUGAAUUAAAUAUAUGUCAUUUUUGUCAGCAAGA